AUGAAGCUUCCUCCACCUCCCCAGCCAUCAGCUAGUAAAGUGGCACCUUCGAAAGACUUGGAUGAAAUUGAGGAGGUCGAGGACGACAACAGCUCAGAAGCGUCAAGUGAAAACGAAAAACUGGCCAAGACUUCAAAGAAAGACCAAGAUGAAGUUCAGCCGCGCGAGAGGUCGCUCUCCUUCGAUGACCUCUAUCAGCUUGCACCGCUUCAGGAUGGGCUCUCUCUUCAAUCUGCCUUUGCCUUCGAGCCACUGGAAGGGGAUGAAACUAAGGCAUUUCGGAGAUCAGCUUCUCUUGAUGGAAUCUAUGCACUUGCAGAAGCCAUGAUUCGAGAAUCUGAAGACCGAUCUCAGAAGAAACAGCAACAGUCAUGUCUGUCCCAGCUGGUGGCGGUGGGAAAUCCACUACACCGAGGACCGCGAUCUCUCUGGAGGAUUAUGGGCCUCGUAAAUCUUCACGGAGAAGACGGGAACGAGAUGGGUGAAGAGUAUGAGAUCGAGUCAGUCAGUACUGCUGAAGAGGAUGAUUCUCCUGCUGAAAGAUUAUUCGGCAAAGAAAGGGCCAAUGAGCUGCGAAAGAGAAUCACCAAGAGCAAGAAAGUUUCACCCCAGGCAGCGCGAGAGGCAUUAGAUGCAGCAACUGCCGAAACGAUUGAGUUUGUCACAUGGUUCAGUGUUUGGAUCCUGAUAAUCUUUUGGCUGCUCUUCUACUCCUCAUACGGCCCAACUCUCUGGCGAUUUCUUUACGGACCCAUGGGUCUUGUUCUUGUGUUGCCCUUCGGGUUCGGUCUUCUGUUCUGGCUCGUCACUUACGUCUUCACCGAAGAAGAGGAUUGA